AUGAUACGAGGCGUCCCAUACCUUCUCCUCCUUUCUGUUCUCUUUUUAGGGAUCUCGACUAAGGGUGUUUCAUCUGCUCAAACAUUUUGGCCCGCGGCUGUUCCAUUGGCUGUGCGCUCUCCGUAUUUUAGUGCUUGGCAGGCCACCACCAAUGGUACCAAUGUCACGAAUGAAUGGCCGACAUUCUGGGAUAACAAUAUUCUUGGGUGGGCCGGUCAUAUCCGUAUCGACAACGAAACCUACAGAUGGCUGGGAGCUUAUGAUGGACCUUUAGCAACCAAUCUAACGUCCGUUCAAGUCACCCCUACACGUACAAUCUACUCAGUUCAGGCCGGUCGGAUGGAUUUAACCAUCACGUUUCUUACGCCAAUAGAGCCGUCGGACUGGGUCCAGCAAUCUAUCCCAUUCUCUUACCUUGUGCUUGAAGCACAGUCAAACGAUGGCGAAGUUCACGAAGUACAGGUGUACUCGGACAUCAGCGCAGAGUGGGCGUCUGGAGAUCGCUCCGCCCAAGUGAACUGGACUACGACCCUUACUUCCCAAGUCGUCUACCAUGCCGUUGAGCUCCAGACGCCAUACCCGUUCGACGAGUACGAAGACUCGGACCAGGCAGAGGAUGGAACAGUUUACUAUGCUAUGGCCACUAACUACAACUACUCGUAUCAGUCUGGCAACAAUGCACCUUGUCGAGACCAAUUCAUCAAUGAUGGAUACCUAACGAACACAUCAAACCUAACUUUCCGUGGUAUCGAUGAUAAUUUUCCCCUGUUUGCCUUUUCCGUGGACCUUGGAAACAUAACGUCCACUCAAUCUCCCAUCAUGUGGUCAGUCGGUUACGUCCGCGAUCCUUCGAUCGAAUACACAACAUCCACAGGCGAUACCCAGCUCCGCAGACCUUACUAUGUCACUCAGUAUUCGACGAUCACAGAUCUGAUCCAAACUUUCGUCUCGAACUUCCCCGAUGCACAGAGCAGGGCUGAAUCACUGGACAAUGAGCUGAUGCAGAAUGCCUCUUCGAUCACGUCACAAUACAGCGAUCUGAUAUCUCUCGCCGCACGCCAGGCUUUUGGUGCGAUCGACAUCACGGUGCCAAAGGGAACGGAUGGCAAUGGGGAUAUCUCAGAUGUGAUGAUCUUCAUGAAGAAUAUGGGAACAGACAGACGUGUCAACCCGGUCGAGGUCAUGUACGCUUCUUUUCCAAUGUUCCUGUACUUGAAUGCGUCUUUCGGUAAAGGCCUACUGGCUCCUCUCCUCGAAUACCAGUCCGGCAGUGCGUACAAUCUUCCCCAUGCGGCGAGUGAUCUUGGUCUGAAAUAUCCCAUCGCAUCCGGUGAUGACUCGACAGUCAUUGAUCAGGGAGUUGAACAGUCUGGAAACAUGCUCAUAAUGACAUUGGCCCAUGCGAGAGCUUCUGGAGAUGGAUCGCUGAUCGGCCAAUAUUAUGACCUGCUGGCAAAGUGGGCCGAUUACCUCGUCGAAAACGCAUUGAUUCCGACCUACCAGGUUUCCGCGGACGGUGAAGAAAUGGCAAACAUGACGAACCUCGCAAUCAAAGGUAUCAUCGGGAUUCGAGCGAUGGCAGAGAUUAGUCAAGCGUAUGGGGCCAGCGAAGAUGAACAACAUUACGCAUCAGUUGCCUCCACUUAUGCCAGCGAAUGGCAUUCCUUGGCGUUGGCCUCAAACCAAGAGAACGUCCUUUUCAGCUAUGGAGAUGCAAACUCGUGGGCCUUGAUGUACAACUUUUACGCCGACAGCUUGCUGCAAACAGGGCUUAUUGAUGACACGGCGAGUCUUCACGCUGGACAUUCAACCAUCGGAUACUCAUUAUCCGCCUUUGGAUUGCCCAUUGACAGCAACUACAAUACCACAGGAAAUUCAGGCUGGUUGGCGUUCACUGCUGCCACAGUUUCCGACACGACGGCCCGUGAUCGCUUGAUCGAUAUGAUCUGGAAUCGCGCGUCGUACAAUCUCACUAUCGGUGUUUGGCCGUCCGUGUAUUCAAUCGAGGGGAGCGGGUCGGCCAUAUCAGGAUCUGCACUGCCGGCACAAGGUGCUAUGUUUGCCUUGUUGGCACUCAAUAUGACAAACAAGGCAAUCGAAGUUCCCAAUUCUCCAAUGCCGACGGUGUCAGAGCCGUCCGUGAAUUCCAGGAACAUCGGGGCUAUUGUGGGUGGCGUCGUGGGCGGCGUCGUGGGCUUAGCCGCUGUGCUCGUAGCCAUAUUCUUGUGGCGACGCAGGUCGCGGCGUAUGCCGCGGCUGAUUGAGAAGGAUCUCAUCGUAGAACACCCGGAGCCGGUGCCAUUCCCUUAUAAUGCCACGCCAUACGGAAUGAACGAGCAGACUGGGAUGGAGAGCACGGCUGAAUCGUUCCCCUUGAUACCGUCAAAGUUGCGCGAGCACAUGCAAUCGGCCUUGCACGGGCAGCAGCAUGCCUCCGGGUCGACGUCAUUAACUCCUUCCAUUACGAGCACCAUGCCGACAUCAGGUCAAGAACCACUGGCAACCUCUGAAAACAGCGGCACGGUGCCAGCAUCCGGUCAGGAGCCGCCGUCGACCGUUGUCUCCUCGACAUCGCCAAACGAAAUGAUCAGCCUGCGAGCAGAGGUAGAGAACUUGCGAAGGGUCAUGGUGGAGAUUCAGACGGACCGUGUCGAGGCGCCACCGAGCUACGAAGAAAAUUAG